UGAAUAAAUAGAACAAACUCUAAUCACAUAAAGCAUGACAAGAGGAGAAAGUGUUGCCAUAAAACUCCUUUAUCCUUAUCGCACUUGGUCACUUGUUGAGUGAUAACAACACACUCUUGGCGCAUUGGCGGAGUGUUAAUGUUUGAGUGGUUGUGGGUAUCCCAUUGAGAAAAUGUGUGCAAGGGGAAAGGGGGGCGGGCAGUGUGUGUGAUGAAAAUGAAAGAAGCGAAAAAAAAAUUAACGUAUUGCGAUAUGUCCGAUGAAAAGCAGAACAUUUGGGGCUUUAGUUGAUGAUCGUCAUUCUCACAAAGUGGACGUAGUGCUCGCGGAAAAGCUGACUUUGCAAUUUAAUCCCAGAAGAGAUCACUUUUCAUCACAUCCCGCGCGAUAUUGCGGAAUAAACUUCGCUUUUUUUUGUGCUGCCUUCUUCAUUUAAUUGCCCAUCGCAUGUGUUUUUUGUUGGUGGUAUCCGUGAUGAGUUGUUGAGGAGUGUUAUGGGAUCAGAUGUGUGGCGCUAAAAAUAAAGAGUAUCGUGCCAGGGAAUAAUGUUUAUUGAGGAGUGUGAUGAAGGAAUCAAUGUGAAAUUAAAAUAUUAAAAAAAAUCCUAGGGGACAAUAAGUGAAGCCCUCUCGAUAAGACAGUAGAAAAUAUUAGUGAUAGUACAGCGAUAAAGAUAAAAAAAAGUGAAAGAGAGUGUGUGUGUGGGUCGAUGAGCAACCCUCAUGUUGUGAAGAGUAUUGUCGCAAUCAGUAUUAAUUGAUACGUGAAUUGCUGUGCGUGCCAAAAAAAAAAACGAAUUGCUUCUCAACUGCGAGAUGAUUUUAUGCUAAAAUGGCCGGAAGUGUCCGGAAACACCCAGGAAUUUCCAUGCUCUCACCGAUGACUGUCUUCUUGGCGGCAUUCCUCUUCAUCAUCUCCUUGGCAGCGAUAGGGUGUGGAGAGGAAGUGCAUUCGCCGUUGGUGAUUACGGAGAACAAUGCUGGGCAAAUUCGCAAGAUGAGCCUCGAAAGGCGCCAAACAAAUAGUGCCUUUGAAUUCAACUACACCACAACACCAUUCAGUAUUGAGUUCAUUGAGGAGCCCCCAGUGAAAUUCAUCUACUUCAAUUACACGCGCAUCGAGAGCAAUGCCACGGAAUUUGGCAAUAAUUUCGUUAUGUUUGAUCCUGGAAAAAAAGCGCUAACUGGCUUGGCGCCCUGUAGUCUCUACAGUGUCUUUGGGGAGAUGAAGAAUUUAGCUACAAAUCAUACAUUCAACCACACACAACCCAUUGCAACGGACUACGCAUUGCCAGUGACCACAAUCUCGUGGGCGAUACCAUUUGGGGAUUCCAUUGAGCUUCAGUGGAAUACAUCAAAUAGCGAUUGUGUGGCUUACUAUCACCUCAAAGUCACUUCGGGGCAAUUUGAUUAUGAAGUGAACACAACACGGUUAGAUUGGAGUUUGGACAGUUUGGCGCCAUGUACGUCUUAUGAGAUUUCCAUUGAAACUGUUAAUAUUUUCCGGGAGUCUGUGGGUGUGGUGAAGGUGAAAGAGGAGACAUCCUUUGUGGAUCCGGGUCCUGUUGAGGAGCUCCAUGUGCACAGUGGGCCCGAUGGGGGGUUGGAAGUUGCAUGGGAGGCUCCUGUGGAUGGUGUUGAGUGUGUCAGUGAUUACACGGUGAAGUUGAGUGAAGAUUCCUGCCUGGAUACGGAAUCUUGCCUAUGGAGGUACAUGAAUACGAGUAAAUCCCUCAAAGGUGAAUUUGAUGACGUUGAAGCCUGCACAAGGUACACUGUUGUCGUGUACACAAAUGGCCAAGAAGACGGGGCCAAUAGUUCCUUAACUUUCGACACGGAUUUCAUUGCUCCGGGAGUUCUUGAGAGUCUCAACUUCACCAUUCUCAGCCCAUCUCAAUUGAAGGUUUUCUGGGAGCCUCCAGUGGAGAAUGCUCACUGUAUCGAUCACUACGUCAUCACAUUCAGAGAUCAGACGAGAAAUACAACAGAUCUCGAGAUAAUUCUCGAUGAUCUUGAACCCUGCUUUACUUACGUUGUGAAUGUUUUCGUGGUGGACAUCCAGGGUAAUGAGGGACGUCCGCUGACAAUAGAAGUUCAAAUGCCCGAAGAUUAUCCGGGAGAAAUUCCCGAGGCUCACGUCCAAGCAACCCCAUCAGAGCUCCUUGUGUCAUGGCAACGACCCACCUAUGCGAGGCACUGCGUAGUAAACUACCGGCUACAGAUUGUUGGUGAUGCGACGCAUCAUGGUGAUCAUGAUCACAUUGGCACCGAUGUGUCGUACACAUUCCAACGAAUGACAGCCUGUAGGAAGAUUUCCGUGCGGAUUUAUGCUCGCACGGCCACUGAGAAGGAAAGUCUCCCAAAAAUUCUCACUACACGCAUCCCAGACAGAGUAACAGCAACCCCCAGUAGUCCACAACUUGUGAAAAGGACCAAAUCAUCCCUCGAACUCAAAGCAUCUCUCACGGAUUCCUUCAUUGACUGCGAACUUGUGAAAGCAAAAUUCCUUUGUAUUUCGCAGGAAAAUGAAAUUACAAUGGAAGCAUUUGAUGACAAUAUUGCUCCACUUGCGGAUAAUUUUACGGAUUUUUCCGCAACAAUUGAACAUUUGCCGCCAUAUACGAAUUUUAAUUGCUCAGUUCGGGUCCUCACCAGUGCAGGAUGGUCAGAUGCUGCUGUGGCGUCUUUUCUAACUGAGGAAGAUUAUCCGGGAGCACCAAUGGCUUUAAAAAUCAUGGAGAUAUCGAACAAAGGUUUCCACGUUAACUGGUUAAGGCCACUCAAUCAAAAUGGUAUAGUUAAUGCCUAUCGGCUGGAAAUUCAGCAAGUUGAGCCCCUCUAUCUCGUACCCAGCUCCUGCCCACGAAUCUCCUUGGUCAAUUUCACGGAGGAGACACAUUUGUAUGAUUUUGUCUUUGAUCGUGGAGCCCCGUCAUUUGUCUACUUUGUCCAGGUGGCUGCGGUGAAUGGGGCUGGGGUUGGGGUGUACACGCGACCAAUUGUGAUAAGGACGUUGUCAGAUAAACCGGACCCAGUGUCAGGAUUUGCUGUUCAGUCCAUUGAUGGACCAUAUACGCCAUUCCUCUACAAUGCCACCGUGACCAUUGGCUGGACUAUUCCGUGUGUCUCAAAUGGGGCCCUUGAGGCGUUUGAGGGGGAAUUCUUUGGGACAAAAGGCGAGGAGAAGCACGAAGCAACGUGGGAAUAUGUCGUCAGGGGAUCUGUGAGGGAGAACUACACAUUCAGCUAUGAUGACCUUCGUCCUGAAUAUCAGUACAAGGUGACAAUAAGGGCUAGAGUUAGGGAAAUUGCAAUCUCCAGCGAUAGCACCAUGAAGGAAUUUUAUUCACCAGCUGGAAUUCCGGAUACAUUUGGCAUUGAAAAUUGGGCAACAAUUAAUGUUUUCUCAUCACCAAAUCCCACAAGAAGUGCCGAUGUUGCCAUUUCGGAGAAACUUUUUAAUUCUUCGGCUGGAGAAAUUAUCUCCGUUGCCCUACUUGUGUCUGAGUGUGGCUGCCAGGAUGAUCCGAAACCCCUGUAUGGGGUUGUUGAGAGUGACAGUUGCUCAAUGGCUGUAAUGCGAUGGCAGGAAGCGAUAGAUUUUGCGUGUAUCCCGCAGUAUCAGACAACAUGCAUCAGAUGGCCACCGAAUUUUGAAAAAUCCGAAGCGGGAGAAUUUAUCUUUACAAUUGGGCAGGAUGACUGUGAGGAUGCUGAGGGAUUCUGCAAUGGGCACCUCAGGCCAAACACAGAGUACUCCGUGGUUAUACGAACAUUCACAAGGCAUGGUUUCAGUGAUUCCGCCGUAAUGCACUUCCGGACGGAUGCUCUUGUGGCUCUUGCUGUGAUUAUUGGUAUUGUCACGGGAUGCCUUUUGGUUGCCUUCAUUGUGGGCUUGUUCAUUGCAAAACGUAGCAAUUCUCUGCUCAAGUGGAGCACCGAUGAUAUGAUGAGUAGUGACGAUGGAGUUCCGGAUGUGGAGCUCAAGAAGUUCUCUGAUCACUACAUUGGCAUGAUGCGGAACUCCAAGGAGAAUCUCACGAAGGAAUUUAAACUUCUCAAUGCUGUGACAAUGGAAAAGGAUUUCUCAAUGGCUGCAGCAAAGCACAAUGAGACAAAGAAUCGCUACGUUAACAUUGUUCCAUACGACAUGAAUAGGGUUCUCCUGAGUACAGAAGAUGGUGAGACGGAGUACAUUAAUGCCUCAUAUAUCACGGGUUUUAAGCGCAGUAAGGACUACAUUGCAACGCAAGGACCUAAAUUGGAGACAUGCUACGACUUUUGGCGCAUGUGCCUGCAGUGCAAUGUUAAGCGAAUUGUAAUGCUGACCCUUUUGCGGGAGGAUGAGAAGGUAAAAUGCUACGGAUACUACCCGAUGAGUAACAUGAAGAAUAGGAGUAUCCAAUUUAGAGACAUUCACAUUCAACUUGAGAGUGAAGCGGAAUUUCCAAUUUACAAAAAGAGAAUUUUUGUGGUCAAAAAGGGGGAUGUUGAGAAGAAAAUAGCCCAGUAUCACUUUACAAAGUGGCCAGAUCAUGGAUGUCCGCAGAAUCCGUCGGAUUUGAUAGAAUUCACCCGAACUUAUCAGAUUGAGAAGAAGAAUUCAACUUCACCGACAGUUGUGCACUGUAGUGCAGGAGUUGGGCGUACGGGAACCUUCAUAGCAUUGGAUAUCAUCAUGCAGACCUUGAGGACGAGGAAGAGUAUCAAUAUCUAUGAGAUUGUUCGACGCCUCCGGUGCGAGAGGAUGAAGAUGGUGCAGACAUUCCAUCAGUACUGCCUCCUGUAUCAGUGUGCGUACAUUUUAGUCAAUAAGACAAGUAGUAUGCGAUGGAGUAAGAAGAGUGUGCUGAGCAGGAGGAUGUCGCGCAUCCAGCAGACACCCUCAAAUUCCAGUAUCCAAUCCCUUGGGCGGGAAAUUCCCACACAUAGUGCCAUACUGAAGGCAGAAGGACACCAAAAUGGUGCUCCAAAUGCCGACAGUGUUGUCUAAAGACCAUCGUCUUCCUGGACAGUGAAACCUGGGAAGCCCUGCAGUUCCGGGAAAGCGGGAAAAGCCAGGAAAGCCGAUGGAAAUAAUGUUUUAUAUGAAAAUACAGUUGCAUUUUGAAAAACCGCCUCUA